AAGCAAAAUUGAAUCAAAUCCACUUCUCGUCAAGGUGUGUCAAGGAUGUCUGGACGAGGUAAGGGUGGCAAGGGUUUAGGCAAAGGAGGGGCAAAACGACAUCGCAAAGUCCUACGCGACAACAUCCAGGGGAUCACAAAACCGGCCAUCCGACGUUUGGCCCGUCGUGGUGGUGUCAAGCGUAUAUCUGGACUUAUCUACGAAGAAACUCGUGGAGUGUUGAAAGUAUUUUUGGAAAAUGUUAUUCGUGACGCAGUUACUUACACUGAACACGCCAAGCGAAAGACAGUGACGGCAAUGGAUGUUGUAUAUGCUCUGAAACGCCAAGGUCGCACUUUAUAUGGUUUUGGUGGUUAGUUUCUUGGGCUUCAAUACGAGAACGGUUAACGGCUCUUUCAAGGGCCAACACUGAUUGAUGUACAUAUUAAUUUUUCAUUUAUUAACAUGCAAAAUGUCUACUAUGGUGGCA